AUGGGUCACCAACAAUCGUACUUAAAGCGGUCGCGUCUCAUGACUUGUGGAUAUGACAUUGCAUUUUUUGGGGUUACUGGUUCACGUAACGAUAUUAACGUGUUAUAUGAAUCUCCCAUAUUCAAUAACGUCUUGCAAGGAAAUAUGCCGGAAAUUAAUUUCAUAGUGAACGACACUACAUAUACGAAGAGAUAUUAUCUAACAGAUGGAAUAUAUCCCGAGUGGACUACUUUUGUUAAGGCUUUUCCCUGCCCGGAGGAUCCCAAGAGGAAGUUGUUUAAGGAAAGACAGGAGUCUACAAGAAAAGAUGUUGAACGAGCAUUUGGAAUGAAAAAGUCACAAACAAUUGAUGCAUUCUUCAAAAGAAAGAAUGAUGAAAUUCGAGCAUCUCAAUCAAAUAUAACUACAAAUAUUGAUCAUUUGAAUUUUGAAAGUCGUCUUGCUAAAUCUUUAGGAGUUGAAAUCAAUAAGAGAUUUGAUAUUCAAUCAUUAGAGCGUGAUCUAGGAUUGCGACCACAUAUAUGGGAGUACCCCAUUGAAAAGCGUGAUGAAGUUAGAAGAGCUUAUAUUAAAGCUGGUCCAUAUCAAUAUAAAGCUGAUGCUACAUUUUGCUUACCAUGUUAUCUAUUCCAUACUCAAGAUAGACCUUCUAGAUUAGAUGCAUUUACUAUUAAUGAGUUUCAUUCAUGGAAGAAGGUAAGAGAUGGGAAAAAUUGUGCAUUUUUGGCACAUAUUGGAAAAGAUCUCACUUCACCUCAUCGAAAUGCUGAGAAAGCAUGUGAAGAUCUCAUGAACCAACAAAUACAUAUUGUACAAAGUUUUGAGAAGUUCACAUCUCAAGAAGUUGCUGAAAAUAGACUUCGUUUCAAAGCUUCAAUUGAGGUGACUAGAUGGCUUGUAUUUCAAGGAUGUUCUUUCAGAGGUCAUGAUGAGUCCAUUAUAUCAAACAAUCGUGAAAAUUUUUUAGAACUAUUGAGUUUCAUAGUCUCUUACAAUGACAAAGUAGAAGAAGUUUUGAAUAAAGCUCCACGAAAUGCAUCAUAUACAUCAUCAACAACACAAAAACAAAUUUUGCAAGUCUUGGACGCUAAAGUAAAGAAUGUCAUUCGAGAAGAAAUUGGUGAUGCAAAAUUCUGUAUCAUGGUUGAUGAAGCUCAAGAUGAAUCUAAAAAGGAGCAAAUGUCAAUUGUCUUGAGAUUUGUUGACAAAGAUGGCUAUGUGCAAAAGCGCUUCUUUGGAGUUGUUCAUGUUAAAGACACCAUAGCAUCAACAUUGAAAGAAUUUGCUGCGUCGAAGGAAGUUAUCCCAGUCCAUCAUCUUUUUAUCAAGUUAAGCUCUAUUAUCAAUGUUGUUAGUGCCUCAUCUAAGCGUAAUGAUCAAUUAAAAGUCACUCAUGCCUCAAAUAUUGCUCAUUUACUUAAUAUUAAUGAGCUUGAAAGUGGGAAAGGACUUAAUCAAAUUGGUUCUUUACAAAGGGCAGGUGAUACUCGUUGGAGUUCUCAUUUGAAAUCUAUAUCUAGUUUGAUAAAGAUGCUUAGUGCAACAUGUGAAGUUUUAUUGAAUAUCAUUGAUGAUGGAACUACACCCGCUCAACGGGGAGAUGCUGACGCAGCUUAUAAGUCUCAAGAUAUUUUGAAUGCAAUGCAUCUUGUUUCAUCUACUAAGUUGCUCAUUCAAAAAUUGAGAGAUGAUGGAUGGGAUGAAUUGGUUGCAGAUGUGAAAUCUUUCUGUCAAACACUUAGUAUACCUAUACCGGAUUUCAAUGCUCAAUACAUUGCAAGAAGAGGAAGGGCUCGUCAUCAACAAGAUGAAAUUACAAUAGAUCAUCAUUACAGAGUUGAUAUUUUUAAUGUAGUGAUAGAUUCUCAAUUGCAAGAAUUGAACAUCAUAUUUAAUGACAACACAGUGGAGUUGAUUAUUCUUAGCUCGGCAUUAGAUCCAAGAGAGAUGCACAUUUCAUUCAGAAUUGAUGAUAUUUGCAGAUUGGUACAAAAGUUUUACCCCAAAGAUUUUACAAACAUGAGAUGCUACAAUUAA